AUGGCGGCGUGGCGGGCGGCGCUGGCGGCCGCGUUGCUGCUGGCGGAGCCCUGCGCCCCGGAGCCGCCGUCGGAAGCCAACGGCACGUGCCAGGGCUCCAACCGCUGCCAGCCCGGCGUGCUGCUGCCCGUCUGGCAGCCCGACGACCCGUCCUUGGGCGACAAAGCGGCGCGCGCCGUCGUCUACUUCGUGGCCAUGAUGUACAUGUUCCUGGGCGUCUCCAUCAUCGCCGACCGCUUCAUGGCCUCCAUCGAGGUCAUCACCUCCAAGGAGAAGGAGAUCACCAUCACCAAGGCCAACGGCGAGACCAGCAUCGGCACGGUGCGCAUCUGGAACGAGACGGUGUCCAACCUGACGCUGAUGGCGCUGGGCUCGUCGGCGCCGGAGAUCCUGCUGUCGGUGAUCGAGGUGUGCGGCCACAACUUCCAGGCGGGGGAGCUGGGCCCCGGCACCAUCGUGGGCAGCGCCGCCUUCAACAUGUUCGUGGUCAUCGCCGUCUGCGUCUACGUCAUCCCCAGCGGGGAGAGCCGCCGCAUCAAGCACCUGCGCGUCUUCUUCGUCACGGCGGCGUGGAGCAUCUUCGCCUACAUCUGGCUCUACCUCAUCCUGGCCGUCAUCUCCCCCGGCGUGGUGCAGGUGUGGGAGGCGCUGCUCACCCUCGUCUUCUUCCCGGUCUGCGUGGUCUUCGCCUGGGCCGCCGACAAGCGGCUGCUCUUCUACAAGUACGUCUACAAGCGCUACCGCGCCGACCCGCGCAGCGGCAUCAUCAUCGGCACCGAGGCCGAGCUGCCCAAGGGCAUCGAGAUGGACGGCGGCUUCCAGCCCCCCGAGCGCCGCGAGGCCGAAGGCUGCGCCGCCUCCGCGUCGCCCGCCCUCCCCGCCGGCGCCGAGGAGAAGGAGCUGGACGAGAGCCGGCGGGAGGUGAUCCAGAUCCUGAAGGAGCUGAAGCAGAAGCACCCGGAGCGCGAGCUGGAGCAGCUGGUGGACGCGGCCAACUACUACGCGCUGCUGCACCAGCAGAAGAGCCGCGCCUUCUACCGCAUCCAGGCCACCAGGAUGAUGACGGGCGCCGGCAACGUCCUCAAGAAGCACGUGGCCGAGUUCUCCAAGCGCUCCUCGGCGCUGCUGGAGGUGCCGUCGGACGCCGAGGAGGAGGCGUGCAGCCGCAUCUUCUUCGAGCCCUGCCUCUACCACUGCCUGGAGAACUGCGGCGCCGUCACGCUGUCGGUGGCCUGCCGGCACGGCGCCGAGCCCGACCACACCUUCUACGUGGACUACAAGACGGAGGACGGCUCGGCCAAGGCGGGCUCGGACUACGAGUACAGCGAGGGGACGCUGAUCUUCAAGCCGGGGGAGACGCAGAAGGAGCUGAAGAUCGGCAUCAUCGACGACGACAUCUUCGAGGAGGACGAGCACUUCUUCGUGCGGCUGCUCAACCUGCGCGUGGGCGACGCCGAGGGCAUGUUCGAGGCCGACUCGGCCGAGCACCCCAAGGGCCGCCUGGUGGCGCCGCUGCUGGCCACCGUCACCAUCCUGGACGACGACCACGCCGGCAUCUUCUCCUUCCAGGAGCGCGUGGUGCACGUCAGCGAGUGCCAGGGCGCCGUCGAGGUGACGGUGGUGCGCAGCUCCGGCGCCCGCGGGACCGUGAUGCUGCCCUUCCGCACCGUGGAGGGAACCGCCAGG